CCGGUUGAACCUGGCUGAGUCAGCACUGCAACACCUAACCCGGCCACAUGGGCUUGAUAAUAUGACAGCUUGGCAGCAGCUUUCCUCAUCACCGAUGGGUUGACGAGGCAGCGUUGUAAACAUGUACUUCAUUCAUUACCUUUAGGAGAGCCUGACUUACACAAACCCCAUCCACUCACACUAUCUUCUACUAGACUAGUAGCUGGAUCAGCACCAUGGUUCCCAAGGAAAGCAGCCACAGCAACCUCCAUCCUGAAGAGGACGAUGAUGAUUGUCUCAUUCGCUACUUUAGCUACGGCGCCAUGUGCAACCCCACAAGCCGCGGUCGUCGCAGUCUGACAUCGGUCAAUCAGCAGCCUGCCAUGUUGGUUGGUUACACCCUCGUCUUUUCGAACGGCACUGGAAAUGUCAUUCGUCAAACAACAAAAUCUCAGGAGGAACAACCCACCGUCUAUGGCGUCUUGAUGGAAUUUCACAGUCUCAAAGAUUGGGAUAUUGUCGUCAAGUCGGAAAGUGGCUACCGGUAUGAUGUUAUGGAAGCCGACGUGGUACCCUACCGAAUGGUCAACUCCACCACCAUGAAGGAGGAACCACCCAUCAAGGCUCGAUUCUUUCAGUUCCCGGGUACGGAACUGGAUGCCAAGGAAAAAUUACCCAGCGAACGGUAUCUGCGAAUCGUCUCGUUGGGAUUGACCCAUCACGGCGUUCAUCCACGCUACACUCAAUGGUGGAAAUCCCGUCCCUCGCAGCCGACGGUCGAACCAGAAGACUAUCAAACCUUUCCAACCAAUUCAUGCUUAUUGUUGCCCACGAUAUCACGGCCAGAAUUCCUAGAGCGGUCCCGCAAGGAACACUUGUUUGUCAUGCACCGGACCAAAGUCAUCCAAAUGCUCACUACCACACAAGACAAUUGCUGUGCGGUGUGGCUCCAUGAAAAUGCCAUUGGCAAGGCGGAAUGUCUCAGUUGGGGCAUCUUUCUGCAACUCUACGAACCCAAUCUGCCUCCUUGUACCACCCGCCAGGAUCUACAAGAGAUUCAUCAUCAAUGGGCGGAACACGAACUGACCAGUUUUGCGCAAGGUUGUCACUGCCGGUUGGAGCACGUCAUGAAUCUAUCUAUCUAGGUGCAUAUGCAUACCAUAGAAUAAUCUUCAAUCCUUUUUCCGUGAUGGUGCCCAUGUGCUUGCCGGAAGCGAAUUGCGUUAUCGUGUCCUGGAUAUUACCGUAU